CAGGUUAACUACCUGAUAAAAAAUCUGGCUGUUCGGGGUGUGAAGUAUGGGGUAAUAGACAUGACUGAUCCAAGAUUGAUCCAGUUCCCACCCAACUUGUCAGCUGAGUACCGUAAUCUUUGGUGCAUGUUUCGUUAACAACUUUAACAACCUAUGCAGUGUUGUUGAUGAAAAAGGCCGGAGUUUUAAUGGCUGAAUCAAAUUUCAUGUCAACUGAAUAUAGAAUGAUACAUAAAAAGGUCUGCCGCUUCUCUUGAAAUAGAAAACCUGACAAGACACUUGGUUUAACGUGACGUAAUACCAUAUCACGUUCAGGUUACAAAUUAUAAAAUCUGAAUGCAUUCCUCAAAUGACAAUUGAAGGGCUAUCAUCAGAUCUGUUUGUUGCAGAUUUAAGAGAGCAGAGGAUGAAAACAUAUGUGACAUGGAUUAUUAUAAUAAAUCAUUUUUUGAUACUCAAAAGGACUAUAAAUCUUUCAACAAUUUUAACUUAAGUUUUAAACGUUGAAGUUAAAUGCAACUUCAUUAUUUGUGUGAAGCAUAUCUUGAUCAACAGGUUAUAAUUUUUUUUGUGAAAAAAAUAAAUAUAGAAGAAUCAUGGGUUGUGUUCGAAGCCAGCAUUCAACUGAAGAUGACGGGGAGUAUAUUGAGACUCUAACUUUGCGAAGACAGAUCAGUAAACGGAAUACUGGUGGACCGACUCAAAACUUGAAAAUCUCCAUCUCUGUCAUAGCAGAUCCUAUGUCCAGUGAUGAUGAAACUGCUCCAUCUGUUAUGUGUAAUGUACAUAGUGUGCAUAAACAUAGUUUUAAUACUGUUUCGCAUAUGGAAGGGAGGAAGUACACAAAGUUUCCGCACAUGGUCGGGUACAAGAUGUGUCGUGCGUGUAACAAGGCACGGGAAGAUGUUUUAAACACUGUUGCCCCAGAUGGUGAUGAAAAGGAGAUUUGUAGAAAGUGUUCGGUGAAAAAACGCAAAAACAGUGAAAAAAAGAAGAAUUUGAAGAACUUAAACAAGGAAAGUUUAAACAUCGCUUCAGUCAGUCAAUCAUUGGCCACCAAAACAGUGGAAGUUUCGAAUAAAAUCGACAUUACACACUUUGCAAGCCUUCUUGCUCUGACCGCUCUUGACCUGACUGCCCCAGCCAGCGAGGCGAUAUUGAAGAAUCGGAAAAACACAUGGAUACAGCUGGCCGGUCACCCUGGAGGAUUUGCGCCAGCUGGACCCAACACAAUAUGGAAGAAACGUUACACAAAGGACAACAACGAGGCAGAGGCGUACGAGGCGUUAAUGGAGGACCCUGCCCACGACGUUGUUCCCAUCUUCUACAGGGAAGUUGAAUACAACUCAGAAUAUUUUAUUGAGAUAGAGGAUUUAUUGCAGCAUUUUACCGACCCCAACAUAAUGGACAUAAAAAUGGGGACUAGAACAUUCCUGGAAGCAGAGGUUAUGAAUUCUACGCAGCGAAAAGAUCUCUAUGAUAAAAUGGUGGCUCUGGAUCCAGACGCACCGACUGCAGAGGAAAAACGUCUGCAGAGCAUUACAAAACUGAGAUAUAUGCAGUUCAGGGAACAGGAAAGCUCAACGGCAGAUUAUGGCUUCAGAAUAGAGGCUGUUCGUAUAUCAGGGGAGCCUCCCACUACGAACCUAAAGCGUGUUAAAACUAAGGAGCAAAUCCAUGACGUGCUGUCGAGGUUCGUACACAAUAGUCAGCAUAUUCAGGGUCUUCUGCUUGAGAGAUUGAGAGAUAUUCGGGACAAACUCCAGGAAUCUUCAUUCUUCAUGUCACAUGAGUUAAUUGGCAGCUCUGUACUGGUAAUGUAUGACCAGAGUGGGAAAUGUGGCAUCUGGGUAAUAGACUUCUCCAAGACCAACCCUGUACCGGACGCUGAGCCAAUCACACAUCGCCUUUCUUGGUCGCUAGGCAACCAUGAAGAUGGAUUCCUCUUUGGGAUCGAUAAUCUCAUACAGUUUUUCUCUGAUAUAGAAGUAAAAGAAGAAAUCACUGCAAAUGUUUGUCAAAGUCAAGCAAGAGAAGAAGGGGUUUCAUAGUAUCUGAGCUAUAAAUAGAUGUUCUGUUCUAAAAAUAGUACCUUGUCCAUAAAUAGAAACACUAAAAAUAGAUCAAAUGUGAUGCCUCAAUAUGUGGGUGCAUUUCAAGUUCUACCUGAGGUAAUAAUUGGCUAAUUAAUUUCAAUUGUUGUGCGGAUUUUCAAUUAGGGAUUGUUUGACAUGAUAUCAUUUACAUGUAUUUGCCAAAUAUUAAGGCCAAUUUACUGACAUAUGUUAAGGUAUGUUUAGUUUUCUGAAAAUUGUUCAGUUUUUAACAAUUCAAAAAUUUGUAUUAUUAAAUGCACCUUGACUUUGGUUGUAUUAGAUCCUCUUUCCUGAUCGUCAGCGAAUUCAUGACAACAUCUUACUAGAAAAUUAACAUUAUUUUAACAAUGUGAUGCAAAUGUUCUUGGAACUUGUAAUGCAAAAUGUUCAUAGGACCUGUAAGGAAAUGUUCAUGGAAUUUGUAAUGCAAAUGUUCAUGGACUUGUAAUGCAAAUGUUCAUGGAACUUCUAAUGCAAAUGUUCAUGGAAUUGUAAUGCAAAUGUUCAUGGACUUGUCAUUUAAAUAUUCAUGGAAUUUGUAAUGCAAAUGUUCAUGGACCUGUAAUGUUAAUGGAACUUGUAAUGCAAAUGUUCAUGGACUUGUAAUGCAAUUGUUCAUGGGAGUUGUAAUGCAAAUGUUGGUAUGCAUAUGUUUAUGGAAAUCAUAAUGCGACGGUUCAUGGUACAUGUAAUGCAAAUGUUGGUAUGCAAAUGUUUAUGGAUAUUGAAUGCAAUGGUUCAUGGUACUUGUAAUGCAAAUGUUGGUAUGCAAAUGUUCAUGGAACUCGUAAUGCGAUUGUUCAUAAGACAAGCAAUGCAAAUAUCUAGGCAAUUUUAAUGCAAAUAUUUAUGAGACAUGCUGCAGAAAUCAUUGAUUGCCUUAUAAGGUAAUUAAAAGCUAAAUGACAUGUUGGUGCUACUGACAUUCCAUUAAUUAUACCAACAGUAACAGGUGGUAGAAUUAGGAAUGCAUCCACUGUAUUUGAUAGCUAAUUAAAGGCAGCCAUCUUAAUUUUAAAAAGUAUAAAAAAGAUAUAUAUGGGAGCAAAUGUAGAAAUUACCACAAAAGUAUUAAAAUCAAAUUCUAAAUCAUCCUAAUGCCACCCAUUCAACCAGGAAAGGGCUAAGAAAAAGGGCUCGUGCCAAGUUGAUUUUGUUUUUAGUAGUGCAUUCAGUUUUUCCAUUGUAAAAAUAGAUCUAGGCAUUUCACCCGCAGUUAAUCUGGUCAAAAUGUUUUAUUUUUAUUGUUUUAUUUUCUUUUAACUUAAGCACUGAUUAUGUUAUCAAAUGGACUGUUCAAGUUUAUGAUAACUUUGCAUGUAAUAGGGUUAAACCAUUUGCGCUCGGCUGCCUUUAAGUGUUGAUGCCCAUUUUGUAUUUAUAUAAUUAGAUGUUGAAUAUUUCUUUUUCGAUAUUUGCUCAUAUUCUAGGGCAUACAUUGACAUUGUUGACAUCAUCUGUUUAAUCUAUUAUAUCGUUCUGUGUAAAUGCUAUGGAUAGUUGUGAAUUGGAUUUGUUUAUGGCCUAUUGGUUUACUUGACAACUAAUUUUGUGUGGUCAACAUUUUGAGAUGGAUUCUGUUUAUUUGCAUCAUUUGUAUGUUACUUUGCCUGACAAUAUUGAAUUCCAUUCUGUUGUUGUAAAGAAUUAUUGCAAGAUAGUUUGUGUGGCUAUUACCAAGUGAUAUUAAAGGGACUAGACACCAGAUGGUCCAAAAUCAGCAAAUACAGUAUUUCCUCAAAACAAGCCUAAAAUUUUCAAUGCGAGCUAGAAGUAGGCCGAGUACAUUGCUUUGCUCGUACAUAGUAAAAUAAAAGAAUGCAACAAUCAUGCUGCUGUCUCAUCUGUUUCCUUGUUUAAAAUAGCGCAAAAUGGUUUCCCAAUUUAAAUCAUAUCUGUCUAUGAGUACAGAUAAUUAUCCAACUUUUUUAUUUAACUUACUGGGAUUUACAUGAUAGACAACCCUAGUAAAUUUAUAAUUGGAAAAAAUGCACAAAAACUGUGAAUGAUGCGUCAUAAGCAUACAUGCCAUAUCCUCUGGUGGGCGGAAAAAUCCCCCGCCGGGGGAUCCAUAUCCCCUGGAAUAAUAAAAAAAAAAAAAAAAAAAAUUGCUUAAGGUUGACAGUGUGAAGCAUCAAUAAUAUUAUGAGUGUGAAAUUCCAUGAAGGACCAUGAUGACUAAGUCCAAAAAUAAUUGUAAUUUGAGUGAAUUUCUGUAUUUAUUCUUAUAUUAUAAAUGCAGAUAUUGCGCAAGUUUUCGCCGCGUAAAAAUCCCCUGGUGUAAUAUCAAAAUCCCCUGGAAUUCAGACCAAAAUCCCCUGGGAAGCCUCUCAAAAAAAUAUGGCAUGUAUGCAUAAGCAAUGUGAUACAUUAGUAAGUAAGAUUCAAUGCAUUGUACACAGAUGUCAAAUUAAUGUUAGUUUUUGACAAUUUUCUUUUUUUCUUGCAAUUGUAUCAUCUGGUGUGUAGCCCCUUUAACCCCGCAAAUUGUAAUUCACUACAGAAAUUGCUUCCAAAUCCAUGUUUUAAAUUUGCAGUAUUAAUGAAAUUUAUCGUGGCAUUUAAAUAGACUUGGCUAAAAAAACGUAAAAUAUAUGCUUUGAUUAUUAUGCAAAUGUCACAUUGUUUAGCAGUUAGGCAUGAUUUACUAUAUCUAUCAGAAUGUGAUCAUACACAGAAAUGAGGAAUUUUAAGCCUCAAUCUGAGACCCAGACUUAGAAAUUUACAAUUUUAAUAGCUAAUUUUUUUUAUUUAGUAUGAUUGUUAUUUAUUAUUAAAAAAAAGGUUUACAGUUUUGAGUCUGAAGUCUCAGAAUGUUAUUGAAAUAUUCAAUAUAAUUCUUAUCCAAUUAUCCUCACUGAAUCCAUUCGCGCCAUUGGCCAGUUAUUUUUACAGUCCAAUCAAAAUACUUUAAUUCAAAUCUUAAAAUUAAGAAAAAAUCUAAGUUGGUUUAAUUGAAUACAGCCGCAGAUUUUUUUAUCAAGAAAAUAGAAGGUUUAUCAACAGCUUUGUUUGUUAACUAUUAAGCUUAACAACAAAUUUUGAGCAGUAUUUAUGAAGUGAAAAACAAUGAGAUUACUAUAAUUUAUAUCUUUAUGUUUAUUCUCCUUGUUUUACACCAUCCAUGAUAUUUCAAGAAUGUUUGUAAUUGCUAAUCUCAUUUUCAUGAUAUUUUUAAGUGUGAUUAUAUUUUGUGUUGCGUAAACCGUUUUUAAGUGUAGUUUUUGUCAUUUAAUCUUUUUUGUUGUUGUUUAAACAUUUUAUUGUGGUUUUAACUAUUUUAUUGUCGUUUAAACACUUAUUUUCUGUAUCGUUCAAAUUUAAUUCAAGGUUUAUAUUUUUAAUUGCAAAGUGAUAAAUAUAAAUUCCUUUUUAUGUUUUUUAUUGCCUUCUAUGACAUAAAGGGCCAAUUGUUAAGAGCUUUGUUAAAGUUAACGACGUUGUUAACAGCAUCGUUAAAAUGGCCCAUAGUUACACAUUUAUCUUGUUUUAACAAAUUAAUUAUUACCCUAUUAUAACUGAACUGAUGGAAAUUUUUAAGUUAACUGUUUUUAGAUUUUCCACUACAUUAAUUCAUAUACUUGUAUUGGCUUAUUAAAACAUAAACUACAUAAAUAUAUUUUAUUUUCAACCAUUGUAUUGUAUGUCUUAUCAAAACACUUAGAUUCAGUAUUUGUAAAUCUGAAAAUUUACUUAAAAUGUUAAAGUUCUUACUGCACAAAGGAAACAAUACAAGUUCAUAAUUUCAUAAGUUACAUGUAUAGGUGAAAACUAUUCUCCAAUGGAUCUUACUUACACUAAGGUCAUCUUUCAUUAACAUUGGGCUGAUUGUUCAACUUUGUUAACAGCAUUUUUGUUAACUUCUAAAGGUUAAACAAUUUUGUCAUGUGCUGAUAUAUUAAAAUAAACAGGCAAAACUAAAUCAGUUGUCUCAAUAUUUGUGAAAGGAGUUUUUAGUGUAUUAAAGAUUUGAAGUUAGCAAUGAUCAAGUUAACAACCUUAACUUUAACAAUUUUCAGCCCAUUGUUUUAAACACUUGACAUCCUGGUUGUGUAUAGUAUUAACUUGUUAUUGGCUCAGGUUCUUGUUAGCUUGCAAAAGUGUUGAAUAUGAUUUAAUUUAUAUUGUUGGGGAAAUUACUUGUGUAUUAACAAGAGAUUUUAAAACAUUGGAGUUCUAUUUUAAGGGACUCAUUCAUAUAUUUUAUAUUUAUAUUUUAUGAACAAAGACCAUACAGCCACUGAUAAACAGAAUUCAGUAAAUCCAAUCAAGAAUUGUUCAUUUUUCAAUAGUGUUACUUACGCUUUUCAGCCAAAUAGUGCUUCUUCUGUUACAUUAUUCUUUUUUUUAACAAAAGAGCUAAUUUGAACAUUUUUUGAUGUUUUAUCAUUGUUACAAGAAUUUUGUUCCCAUUUUACAAGAAAUAAAACAAAAUCAAAGUCUGUCACCCUAUGGAACUUGAACGAGUCUCUUUAAGACGAAACUAGAAUUCUGACUACAUAUUCCUUUAUCUUUAACAUGAUAAUGUGACAUCGCCUGCAAAAAAAUUUAAUGUGGAUGUAUACAAAUUACCAUUAAAACCAGAUUUGAAAAAGCAGAGGGUUUACAAAUAAAAUCAAACUUUUAACAAUAAGUAAACUUGAGCAAUAGAUUGUAAAUGUUCAAGAAAGAUCAAAAUAGCACUGAUUGUCAUCUAACGGGGCACAGUAUUUUGCGAAAAUAAGCACGUUACUUUAAAUGCUUCGGAACUCGUUUUUGCUGACAAUGUCAUUUUAUUCAUAUAUGUAUGUGUAUUUGUUGAAUAAACAAUCUCAGUUAAGGUUUUAAAUAUGUAGACAUUCCAUUAGCGAUAGCAACAUUGACAAAGAAACAAGUAAACUAUGCUAUGAACAGCAUUAUACUAAGAUAAAAACACAUUCAUAUUCGUCAAGUUUGAUUUUACUCUUAUUUUCCAAUUUAAAAUGACCUGUGGACAAUUGUUUAAAACUGGAUUAUUAAUUGGUUUGGUUAACGUUAGCCAAAAUGUUUAUCGAUUGGUCAAUAUUUGUCAAAAAAAACUCAUAUUAACCAAUCAAAUCAUUUAAAUGUGCAAACCAACCUAAAGAUAACCUGUGGACAACUUCAUGUGUUAUACAGUUGGUUACAGUAGGUUUUAUUUGGUGGUGUUGAGAUAAAUACAAAAAAAACUAUAAAAAAAUUCUCUCCUUACCUAAUCCUAGGCUCUUUCAAAUUAUGCAUGACUGUUUUUCAACCUAAAAGGAAGUGUGCCCUGCAUAUUCUUAGUAUGAUCGAUGUACCAGGAGCUCAGCAUGAAAAGGAUAGUAAUUUCAAUAAAUAGUGGGGCAGCUGUGAUGUUAUGCAUACCUUGUGCCACUAAGUAGGGUUUAUUUUUGGAUUUUUGACUUCUGGGCUUGUAGUAUAGAAACAUCCCAUGUACAUCAGAUUUCGUCAUCCUACUUUGAAAAUGUGAAAAGCAUCAUUCGGCAAGUUAUGAACUGUUACCUAAGUUAUGCUGCAUCUUUGACAAUAUCAAAUAUUGUCGUGGCGCCAACUUUUGACUUCAAAUUUCAGAAUUGAAAUUAUCUGGGGUUUUUUACUUAUUUAUUUAAAUAUUAACCGGCAUAAAUCUUGUAUACAAAAAGUCUGUAUAAAAAUAAAAUAUAUUUUUUGCUGUGAUCUAAUUUUCAUGCUAUUUUGCUCUAACGACUAAUGUGUGGUGCUAAAUCUACCUUUAUUAAUAUUUCUAGACUAGAUGUUGGUUUUACAAGGUAUUUUGUAGUUUAGUCACAUGCUGUAUGCAUCUUUUUAUCUUCUACUCAGGGUAAAUUUGGUAAAAAUGGAUAGUAGUUGUGCAUAAUUCCAUAUAAACCUUAACAGUUCCAUUAAUUGACAGACAAAUGGCCAAUUUUCUGCAUAUUUGUUUAAGUUAACAACAUUGUUAACAUUAUCGUUGUUAACUUUCAAGUCUUGCGCUCCGUAUUAUUUAUAACAAGCUCUGAUACAGCUGUUUCAAUUUGAGGGAUAAAAGCAAAAAGGUUCUAUCUUAUUCUUUAUUUAAUGUCCUAUAGAACUUUUGGCAUUCACCCAUCGAAGAAUUGUUAUUGUUUUAUCAAAAUAUUUGAGCACAUCAUCAACUAUUUCACUUUUGUAAGUUAACAACGAUGUUGUUAAUCACAUAGAGUUGUUGUUAAUUUUAACAAAGUUAUGGACAAUUGGCCCAAAGUAUUAUUGUUUUUUGUUUGAAGUUACUGUUAAGUCUGAAUAUACUACAGGAAUAAAAUAACUGUACAUGCAAAACCUUACCCCACAUAUUCUUAAAUUAUAACACAAGACAUAGCAACUUUUGAUGAUUAUUCAGAAGUCUGAAAAAUGUCACAUGUCAUUGGGGAAAUUGAAGAUGCCCCUCUGUAGCAGAGUGUUGUUGAUUUGUUGCAUAACUGUGGUCAACUAUAUGUAGCUACUCAACCACUACAUCUCAUUUUAGUCAGGUUUCUCAUCAAGCACAUUUCUUUUUCCCGCUAAUCGUUACUCUUAAGAAAUAGUUAAAAAAUUUAAGUGUGCACUUACAAAAUUAAAUGGGUUGAUACCCAACUGAGUUGUAUAACCAUUUUAUAUGUGUAAGUACAUUCUAACAUUCUUAGAGUUUUUUUAAUGGUUACAUCAUAUUGUGUGAACUACCAUAAGGCCAGCCACUAUUUUAUAUCUAUCGCUACACCUGAUUAAAUUACAAAAAAUGGCUGAUUUAUUGAAAUAAAUUAAUUUGAAAACUUAAGAAAUACUGCCUUCUCAUUGAAAGAAAAUAAUGUUGACCACUAAAUGUAUUUUGUCUGAUUUAUGUAAGUUCAUAUUUACAAAUUUUGCAUUACUUUUACCAAGUAUAAAAAUUGUAUAUGUUUGUAAAAAAUAUGCUGUCAGAACUGUGUUUUUUUCAUGCAGGGUUUUAAAUUCCAGUUCAUCGAUUCUAAAUGGACAUGCUUUUGUUGUUCUAGUGCACUUUUCUUGAAUAAUAAAAAGUAGAUAUUG